AUGGACCAGCAGAAGGAGGAGGCGGCGGGAUGUGCGGCGUGCAAUCGCAUGCACCGCAGAUGCCCGCCGAAUUGUAUAUUCGCGCCGUAUUUUCCGGUGACGAGCCGGUCGUUCGACUACGUCUAUCACGUCUACGGGUGCAGCAAUGUCGGGAAGAUUCUACAGAGCUUACCGGUCGAACAGCGGAAGAGGGCGGCGGAGUCGCUGGUGUUCGAAGCGGAGGCUCGCAUCCGUCAUCCUGUGCUUGGAUGCGUCGGCUACAUUUAUCUACUACAGCAGCACCUCGCUCAGAUCGACCGCGACAUUCAAGAGGCCGAGACCCAGAUUUCCGCCGCUGGACCGCCGGCAAUGUCACCACCGCUAGAGCAGCAUUAUUGGCACCCGAUGCCUCAGUUGACGGCGAUGGCGGCGCCGCCAUAUCAUGAGCAGCCAGAAGAUUUGCUGCUGGUUACAGGCGCCGCCACUUAUCCAUCGAUUCCUAAGACAGCCGAUUCCGCAGAUGCCUCUGCCUCCACAAGAUGA